CGCAAAUUUCGAGGCGCGGAGACGAUUGGGGUGCGAGUGCAGUUUUGCCAGGCUGUUUUCGCUGCGUAAGAAAUUCUCACAGCGCGCAUAGCUCGCAGUUCGGACGCAACCAUCGUCUAGACGCAAAAAGCAACCACACCCAGCCAGGAGCUGGAGUGCUUAAAAAAGCCGUGUGGUCACGCAGAGCCCGCGGCGGCUGGUGGCUAGGCAGCUUAGCUCUAAGCAAAGCAAAAAAAAAAUGGACCCCGCCACUCUCGCCCAGAUCGCGGCGACCCACCCGCUCGUCAGGACCGUCGAGAGCGGCGAGGAGCCGACGGGCCCGGCCGCCGAGGCCAUCCGAAGACAAGUGGAGAGUCUGCUCGCCAUCGACAUGGAGGACCCCGAGCUGCACGAGGCCAUGGACGUCGUCGCCGAUCUGUGGAAAAGCAAGGGCAUGGGCAACACCGCGGAGAAUAGGAGGAAUUUGCGGAGCGACCUCGAGCGCCAGGCCGUCGAGCGGUGCGAGGAUUUUGUGAGGCAGAUGGCGCCGAUGCGCGAUAUGCUGCGCCAGGCCGAGGCGAACGCGGAUCUAUUGGACCGGCAGGCGCAGGACUCCGUCGAGGACCUGGAGAGGACGGACGCGGAGACGCGGCGCGUCGUCGCCGCGCACGAGCAGCUGUUGGAGACGCGGGACCAGCUGCAGCGGGAGCACGACGCCGCCGUAGUAGUCCGUGCGGAAAUCAUUCAUUGUUGUUCGUGGUGUCGCGUCGAUGGCGCUACAAGGACAACAUCGCGUCGAUGGCGUGGCCAUACGCCAUCGAGCGGACACAACACGCACCCGCAACACACACAGGUCGCGUUCCGCGCGCGCUACGAGCUCUCGCCGAACGAGACGGCGGCCCUCGAGGCGCGCGGCGUCUACGAGGAGCGCGGCGGCGACGCGGACGCGUUCUUCCGCGCGCUCGAGCGCGCCGACGCCGCCGCGGCGGACGUGCGCCGGGCGCUGGCGGACCCGGACGGCGCGAAAGCGGAGGCGCAGGAGCACGAGCUCGUGCCGGCGGGCGACGAGGGCGAGGCCCUCCUCGCAAAGCUGGAUGGGGCGACGGCCGCGGCCUACCGCAAGCUCUUCGAGUUCGCGGCGUCGUCCUUAGGCCGGGGCGCCGCGACCGCAACCGACGCCGCCCAAAAAGCCGCCUCGUCGGAAGCCGCGGCGACGGACGCGCGGCACCCGCUCAAGCGCGCGCUCCAGGCUUUGACGCAGCGCCGCGCCCUUUAUGCGGCCUGCCGCGACGCCUGCGGCGCGUCGCGGCGCGCGCUCUGCGUCGCGCGCCUCAAGGAGACGCUAGCCGAACGGGGCGCCGCGGGCGACGCGACCAAGACCACGGACCCGGCGCGCUUCGUCAGCGAUUUAUUAGCGUGGACGCACCAGACGCUGGCGACGGAGGCGGACGUCGCGCGCGGCUUGUUCGGCGACGACGGCCUGAAGGCGCUCGUGAGCGCGGCCGUCGAGGGGCUCGCGGCGGCCGUCGGCGACCGCAUCGGCGCGGCCCUCGGUCGUUUGGUUGAUGACGCGGCGGCCGCGCACGGCGUGGCCUGCGUGUGCGGCUUCUACGCGGACGCGCUCGCGACUAAAAUUGGAAGGGGGCCGCUGCCCGAGGCGCUGGACAAGGCCUCGCAGAGCGCCGCGCAGACGGCGGUCGACGCCGCGCAGCGGGUCGGCGCGGAGGCGCGGUCGGUGGACGCGCGGCGGGACGCGGCGCCGGCGCGGAAGGCGUUGGACGUGGCGGAGGCCAUCGUGCGCGCGGACGCCGCGCGGCCCGUGCAGUCGUCCGAGGCGCCGGCGGCGACGGAGGCCGCGGGUACGGUGGUUGCCCUCGCCUUAGAUCCGGUCCUGGCCUCGUACAAAGCGCAGCUCGAGGCGGAGGUCGCGCGCGACUUCGCGGGGCCGCCCUUCGGCGCCGGCGCCGACGCCGUCGGGAGCGGCGCCGGCGACGCGGACGCCGUCGUCGCGACAGCGGCGUGGUGCUGCGGCGCCGCGGACGAUGCGUGUCGCAGAUUGCGCGCGCUGCCUCUGGCGACGCCCUCGUCGACGGCGUACGCCGGACGCUUUGCCGCCUUUGCGGAAGCGUGCGCCGAGACGUGCGCGCGCGAGGCCGCGAGUCGGUUGUUGCGCCGGUGCGGCCUCGAGCCGAUGCUGCUGCGCUGCCGCAAGGUCGAGCUGCUGCAGGCCAGGGGCGAGGUCCUCGGGCCCGCGGCGGAGGCGAUCUCCCGGGAGACGCUGUCGGCGGCGCUGCGCGCGUUUUACUCGGCGCUCUUCCAGGACCCGGCGCCGGACCUCGGCGCCAUCGCGCCCGACGCGCGGCGCGCCGAGGCGAAAUCGCUCUGCGCCAAGAUCCUCGCGCACGCGCACGCGUCCGUCUACGCGCUCGCCGCGGACGAAGGCACGGGCGGCUAUGGGGAGACGGACUUUUUGGUGCAUUCGCCGGACCAGGUGAGAGUACUAUUGGACGUGUAA